GCACUAGUCUGUCUGUUUGUGUAAUAAAUUAACCUAUAUGUUCAAACUUUGAUCAUUUCCGUUUAAUUAACAAGUUAGUGUAUUAAGUUAUGAUAACUGAAAAGGCUGUUUUAUCCGAGAAAUAUUCUGCGGGUCCUCAUGGCUUAGGUGAUCCAGAAGACAGAACGUUGAGAAAGGUAGAACUAGAAGUAUUAAUACCCAAACUUAUGAGAGAAAAGGCUAAAACUGAGAAAUGCGUACAAGAAGUGGCAGAUUUCAAUCAUUGUUGCAUAGAGUCCUCAAUACUGAUGGUCGUUAAAUGUCGAAAAGAGAACUCUGUGAUGAAAUCUUGUCUAUCCAGUUGGUAUCAAAAUGAAGAUUUCAGAAAAUUAUGUACAGAAGAAUAUUUAAAAGAGAGGAGUGAAUAUAGACGAUCUGGAAUUAAAAAACCUAUGAAAAGGGCAUAAAAUCAUUCAAAAUAGGGAAGUUAUUUGAAAUAUAAAUUUGUUUUAAUUAUUAAAAAAAGCUGUAAUAGUGUAGUUUAAAAGUAAACAAUACAUGUAAUUACUCAAUAUCAUCAUUUAUUGUUAUUGGAAUGUUUCUUGACACUAAUAGCUCCCGUACACUAUAAUCACUCAAAUCUUGUAGCUGUAUCUGGGAACACGUGGUAGGCUUAAUAACUUCCGCAAUUAACACUUCCUGUAAUAAGUAAACAUUGUAAAUAAAAAAGUGUUUACAAUUCCGCAGUGCUAUAAAAAAAUUCAAAAGGAAAGACUAUUAAAACCAUGAUUUAUUGAAACUUUAUAUAAAUGCUUAAGAAACCCAUUUGAAGAAUAUCUCUUAAGACCAAAAUAGAAUGUUUCUAGAUUGCACUUUAUAUUAUAGUUUGUUAUUUGUAUAAUAUUUAAGUCUCACAAAUCUACAGGAUUAAAGAUUUUAUGUAUUAUACCAUUAUACUAAAAAUAAAAACUGGUAAAAAGAAUUUCAUCAUUCACAACAGCCUUUCUCAAGUCCAUUGCUGAUCAUUUGCCUCCCCCAAGGAAUGGCACUAAACACAGUCCUGAGUCACCUGUAUGUCGAGUUGUCACUCUAUUUAGUGGGAAGCUACUUUACACAGUAAAAACGAAUUAGCUUUAUAUGUUAAAUCAUAAUUAUAUUUUCAUUAAAUUGGGAUGCCAUGAAUGUUACAUAAAAAAUCGAAACAAGCGCUAAUUAACUUCGGUCUCUAUUUUCUUGCUUUUAAUAUUUUUAUAGUGUAAACAGGUAGAUGAAUAAAUAUAAUGAAAAUAUUUGUCAUGCAUAAUUUUAACCCACUCUUUUCAACACCUGUGCCAUGUCUAACAUAAGAUAUCUAUGCAACACAGCAUAGGUAGAGAAGGAGCAAAUAUUCGUAGUCGUCUAUGAUAGUAAACUUGAUGAGCAUGUAAUGGUAAAGACAGAAAAUGAGUAAAUAUUAUAAUAUGAAUAAAAUGUAUCCAGUGCAAAAGAUUCAACAAUGAGAGUAUACAUAAUCAUAGCUUGCUAAUGUAUGCUUUAAGGUGUGACCUUAAAGCAUAUAUUACCGACAAGAAUAAUUAAAUAAUGCCACAGCCUAAAUGUAUCCCACAGCUGCUGUAUACUGAUCUCCUUUCAUUUAUGAGAGGAUUAUGAAGCAGGUAAAUGACCCUUCUUUCAUUAAUACUUAAUGUUUUUAUUCCAUCCCACCCAUUCUAAGACUUCAAAAAUAAUUAUAAAUAGGUAUUUCUUGUCAUAGAUACGUUACCUUUACUGUUGUUGAAGCCACUCUAACAUGACCUAACAUUGUAAUGCAGUCAUAUUUUUCAUUAGAAUAUUUUAUUAAAACAAUGAAGUCUGCAUGGUUUAUUCCAGGGCCUUCUUUGUACAAAACUAAAAACAAUAUAACAAGUGUUUUUAUCUCUAAUACAAUAAUAACCAUUGCUUGGUUAAUCAUUUUCAUUGAUAACUGAAGUAAGAUAUUAAUUUGGUACUCAAAAGAUAAUAAAGCAAUACUGAUUACUAAAAAUAGCUUUUAUUAAGCACAAUAAACUUUUAUACUAUUUAAUAUAUAAUAUAUAAAUUUCAUAGUACACAAACAACCCGAGUUAGAAACCCGCUGGCACCAAGGAAAUUGUUUAUAACAAUUUUAGGUGCUUAUUUACCAGACUUUAUAUAUUUAGCAGUAAAGGACAACUUCUUGAGGAAACUGGCAUGUCUAAGAAAUUACAACCAACUUUCCAACACACAAGAAAUUAACUGAAAUAAACACACAUACACAAACGCAUGUAUGCUUGCACACACAUGGAGACUAAUAAGAUUCUUUUUGUUUAAUUCUUUAUAAAAUUUUUGAAAGUUCUUUUUCUUAUAGGAUAAGGUGACAAAUGGGCACAAGGUCCACCUGAUGGUAAGUGGUUGCUGUGGCCCAUAAACAUCGGAUAUGUACAUCUAUUUAAUUAUGAAUCAAAAUACAUAUGGUUUAGUCACCCGUGAGGAUUAAAAUGGAAUGCCUCGUUUCCAGCAAAAAGGCUCUCCGGUUCUUUACACUCACCAUACAAAACACAGCAGUGUUAAGCUGCUAAUUCAUGCUGGUAUUCUGAGAGAGUAUAGUCCUCCCCGACCCAUUUGUGCUACAACUAUAUCAGAUAUAUAGCUGCAGCAUCGCUCUUCCACGUAUAAUUGUAGUAUCAAAGAUAAAAUUUAGAUAUGGAAGAGCGGGAACCUCCUGGCAUAAGUAUACAUAACCCCAAUCUUUGAUUGUAAUAAAGCAACUGUCAUUGUUAUAGAAAUAAACAUUUUUUGAUUUGAUGCAUUAGGGCAGUGAGUCAAAUAUUCCCUACCAUAAAACCGUUAAAAAAAAGAGAGAAAGGCUAUGCCUAGCAGCGAUAUGCUGUAACUACCCAAAACACUUCUGAUGGUAUACCUAAUACAUGGUUCACACAUUUGUUUAUAAAAACCACCCUUCAAACCAAAAAACAACUAGGAAAAAUUGUUGAAAAUAUAUAACUUUUAUUGCUUGGCUCAAUGGUGAAGUCUUACUGUUUAAAAUCUUAUCUGUCAUCAUAAAACAAAAUUUAUGUAAUAUAAUGUAUAUAAUGUAUUUGAAAAUGUAUAUAAAUUUAUAUAAUGUAUUUGAAAGGGACGAAGAGAGAACAAAGUGUGAAAUAUGGGUAAAUCAGGAAUGUCUAGAACAGGUAAAUGAAAUUGUAUACUUGGGGAGUGCUUUUAGCCGGGAUGGAAGAUGUGAUUUAGAUGUGGACAGGCGUGUCGCUGCCGGGAACAAAGUCAAUGGUGCCCUGACUGCGUUAGUCAAAAGGCAAGGCGUAGCGAAGAGUGCACGCCUUGCAAUGCAUAACGCAGUGUUGGUACCGACUUUGUUAUAUGGCCGCGAAACCUGGGUAUGCCAGAAGAAGCAUAAAAGUAAGUUGAAUGCAGUGGAGAUGCGAUCUCUUCGUAAAAUGUGCGGCGUUACCAUGGCCGACCGAAAGCGAAAUGAAGAGAUUCGCAAUAUGGCAGGUUUGAAAGAUGACCUUAUCACAAAAAUUGAUAAGGGCGUGCUUCGGUGGUUUGGGCACGUUGAGCGAAUGAGUGAAGACCGAAUGGUGAAGAAAAUAUAUAGCGCGAAAGUUUAAUAUUAAAAGGUGUCGAGAUAGACCGAGACUAACUUUCGAAGACCAUGUGAGCAAAUUGCUCGAAGAGGGUAGGGUCAAGAGUACUCGGAUACCUAGACGUGCAUGCAUGAAGAAGAUAACGAAUCUGAAAGAAGCGAAAGAGGUUUGUAAGGAUCGUGACACUUGGCGAUCUGUUCUCUCUGGCUACCCCGUCAGGGAUUGUGCGUGAAUAUAAGUAUAAAACAAAAUUUAUUAAAAGUUCCGGUUUAUC